UUACGCCCUGCCGGAAAAAGGAGAGACGAAGAAGAAGAAAGCGGAUGUGACGUCGUGCUGUUUAUGAUCUACAAUACGCAGUUGCUAGUACAGCUGAGAUAAUAAAGCGGAUCUAAUAAGAUUUUCUCUCCAGAUUCUCAUGUUUACUUGAAUUGUUUUGUCGUAGUUUUCGAAUGUCAAUGGGCUCACACGGGGUUUUGGGGAACGAGCCCGAGUCUAUAGACUACUCGGUGCAUGAAGCCUGGAACGAGGCCACCAAUGUCUACCUGCUAGUUAUCCUGGUCAGCUUCGGCCUGUUGAUGUACGCCCGAAAGAACAAGAGGAAGAUCAUGCGCAUCUUCACCCUGCCUCCCACCGUCGGCAGCAGCCCGGAGCCCAACUUUUACGACAGCCUGCAGAAGGUCCGCCUGCGACAGCAGCUGGAGAUGUACUCUCUGGCCAGGAAAUUUGAGCAGCAGCAACAGGGCCAGACAGACAGUGUGCAGCUCUCCAUGGAAUGAAAGCAGGAAGACACGCCUUCCCUCCUGUGUCUUUCAAGUCAUCCCUGUACAGGGAUAGAGAAAGGCGCCAUGAUCCACGGAUGCCACUCCUAUCCUGAUUGUUUGACUCCUGGAACAAGGAUUGUCUUAUUUAACCUAAUGUUGUCUCCUCUUCGUGUGUACACAUGAAGCGGAUACAGCCGAAUGGAUGGGGAAAAGGCCAGGAAGGCUUUAAGGAACAUGGCAUCUUACAGGUCUACUGUACUGCACACAGAACAGUGACACUAAUAUGGUGAGUGAUAAACCCAUAACUGCAGCAGGUGUCACUGACGUAUUUCCAAGUACGGCAUGAGAAAAAGUUCUACAAUGAAGAAACCGUUGCACAUCAAAUAAGAUACUUCAAAAUCAGCAGAGAUUCUAUAUGUUUAUUACUUGUUAGGUAUGUUUUGUCUCACAUAGUAAUAUUAUAAUGAUAAAAUGUGAAAAUAAAGACAAAUCUAAAGUAAUUCAGUCAAGAGAUUUAUUUGUUUGGGGUAAGGGCGUUACUCCACCCAAAUUGUGAAAGCAAAAUAAAAAUUAAUUCAACUCAUUAUCUAGUGAUGCUGAGAUAUCCGAGUCAUCCCAUUACUCUUUGACAGAUGAGCUUGUAGAUGGUCCUCACAGUUGCUGCUAAAAGGCUGAUUUUUUUGCCACAAUAGUGGUGCUCUGGGGACAACAAUGUCCAAGCAGAAAAAUAAAUAAAAAAACUUCCAG